AAUGACCAUCCGGUAGAUUAGUUUCAUUAGCUAAUUGCAAGUAGCUUGGUCGUUUAAUUUGGAUAAAUAGCCUAUUUGCUCGCGAGCUAGACCACUUUAAAACUGAACUCGAAGAUGCUGAACCCCUCCCCAGAGCUCGAGCGAGCCCGUGCCGCACGCCCUUUGCACGAUGACGCACGAGACUACAGUGUUGUCGGACAGGGGAUGCAACAGCAGCCGCAAACGCACCUGCGACAGGUCACGCCAGGGAAUUAGAGGAGACGCCGAGACGAAGCGGAGGUUAAAACGUCUCACGAGGUCGGUGGCAAAUAUGCUGGACUUGAAAGCGCUAGGAUGACUUGAGCAAGGAGGAAACGGGCACAGACAAACGUUUCCAUGCCCUUGUCGUCCUCCCCCCCAGUUACUGACCUCGCUUUACUUUCCGUUAUGAAGGAACUUAGGUUGCGGGUCGGUUCGUCGAAAUGCUGGCGUUUUGGAAAUGAUCUGUGUUUACUGGAGUCCCACCCCGAGAAGCGCGCUCCUCCGCGGAGGCAACUGCAUGCACGGAGUUUGAGGUCUGCUAGACAUAUUUUGAUGGUUAUCUGCGGCCAUGCUGCGGGCUUUAUUAUCUGAACUGUUCCCUACUUAAGGGGCACUGAAAUAACACUCGAGUAUAUUUUGGUGAAUCUUCGACCUAUUUGCUUGCGAGACUAAUUCGUGACUAAUUCGUGGCAUAUUGUUUCAGAAGGAAGAGACGUUUUGGUGGAUCUUGCUGCACCUGUCCAUGACAUUUCAGACCGCUACUUUAACGAAAUAACUUAUUAGAAGCUAAUGUGUCAAGGCGAAUAAACUGUCAAAGUUUGGCAGUGCACGAGAAAUGAAGAACCAGCUGCUCAUUCGUGCAAUGAGGUCACUAUUCGUACAUAACGCGAGUUUGGAAAUUGUGGCUGAUUUCUAAGCAAAUCGGAAUGCACAUCGCCGUUUUUUUCUGAAAUUUUUUAGCUUUUACUUAUUUUCUUAUUUUUUAUCUUUUUUGUAGCGUUUUCUUGUUUUUGGGAAUGAAGGUGAACGCUUGCUCGAUCCGUUUGUCCAGGACAGCUGUGAGAAGCGUGCCUAGGGAAAAUGUAAACAGAGACGCGGGACUCAACUUGGCUGUGAAUGCUAUCGCAUUAUUGGUGCGAACUUUAACCAUCAAACAUGGGUGCGAAGCAGCCGAAGGGAGCGGGGCAGGAGUCAGGAGCCAGUCCGCAAAACGUAGCAUGGAAGAGGACACCGACGAAAGACAGGAGCGACAUAUUCGCCUCGUUCGUGCUGAAGUCCGGGGAUAGGGUUGGUCGCGGCGGGAGCCCUCCCCCGUACCAGCGACGCAUAGGCAUGAUACAGGAGAUGAUGCUUAUGGCAAAACAAGGGAAACACGACGAGGCAACAGAGAUGCUGAAAACCCUUCGGCAGGAUCUGGGAAUGGAAUCAACCUCACUGGAUGAUGUUCUGUACCGUUAUGCCAGUUUCCGGAACCUGGUGGAUCCCAUUACGCAUGACCUCAUUAUCAGUUUGGCCAGAUAUGUUCACUGCCCCAAGACGGAGGUGGACUCUCUGGGAGCCAUGGAGAAGGUGUGCCGCCAGCUGACCUACCACCUGAGCCCACACUCCCAGUGGAGACGCCAGGGCCUGCUGAAGAGGAAACCCCAGGCCUGUCUGAAAGCCGUCCUCUCCAGCCCACCUGCGGGUGGGGCGCUGGACCUCUCUGGUAUUCCUCUGGGGGUUAAAGACAUGGAGCGCCUAUGCGCCCACCUGCAGCGUCACGCCUCCCGCAUCUCCAGUCUGGAGCUAGGCUUCACCGAGCUCACGGAUGAGGCCUUCGUCAUCCUGCUUCCUACGCUGGCUGCGCUGCCCCACCUGGAGACCCUAGCCCUCAAUGGCAAUCGGCUGACACGCGCUGUGCUCAAGGAGCUCACAGACACGUUGAAGGACACCGAGAGCUUCCCCAGCAUCACGUGGAUCGACCUGGGCAACAACGUGGACAUCUUCUGCCUGCCGCAGCCCUUUCUGGUGAGCCUGCGCAAACGCUGCCCCAAGCAGGGAAACCUGCCCACCAUCCUUGAGUUUGGAGAGAGCCAGGCCAGCGAGCCGGAAGGCCGCGCGGCUGCGGACGUAGAUGACAUGGACGACGACACAAACGGGACGCUGAGCGGCGGCGAGCUCCGGUCCGAGGUGGACGGCGAGAUGGACGGCGAGACGGAGAUAGAGGAGAUGAUGGAGGAGCUACUGGACUUUGACAGGGAGGUGCAAGGCAGGGAUGAGGUGGAGGAGGACAGCAUGUGGACCUUGGAGGAGAGGAGGGCCACAGGGGGGCCAUCCGGAGGGCAUAACAGUCAGAAGAGGGCCGUGAAGGCUGAGGGUGAGGAGGACACCAGGAGCCGGAGCUCACAGCUGUCCUGCUCCAGCCAGUCACAGGACUCGUCUGCAGCCUUCGAGCCACCAAAGGACAUCUCGGAUCAGGCAGCACAGUCUUCAGGUCACCUGACCUGAGCAGAAGUGCUGCUUCACUUAGAAAUUGCAACCUUUAAACCUGGGAACAGGAGAAAAAGAGACCCAGCUCAGCUUUGGACUGUUUAUGGGUCAGUGAUUCUCUGAAGAGCCAAGUGUGUCCAGCUAGUGUCCAGCUAACACAUUUAUGGGGUAUUACAGCUGCUUAAAAAAAAAAAAAAAAAAAAAAAAAAAAGAGAUACUCUGGUAAAUUGAUAUGUUGUAUGAUGCAUAAAACAACAGUGCUUACCAGGUAUAGAAGUUAUGUACAGUACAAUAUCCAGUGCAGUUUAAAUGCUUCUCUUUCAGGUAUUGCCCCUUAGAUAUUCUAUUCUAACCAUGGACCAUUACCUAUGUGCCUGUUGGACCUUGUUGGAGAGGAGUGUGUGCAAACAUGCGUGCUUGUGCAUGUGUGGAAGUCUGAAUGAGAAUGUGUGCAUGUGCUUUUCCAUUGCACACAGUGACUGAGACAGAGAGGUGAUCAAUGAAAAAACUCACCAGCCAUAAAUUAUUAGUUAAACCUGGACAUAUCUCAAGGUGUUUCCCUCUAUGCAUCUGUUUGUAAGUCCCAUGCCCAGCAGCCUAAAACCUGCAUGUCUCCCCAUGUCACAGUGCACCUGAGCUCAAGGAUCUCCUGGAGAAAAGACAAAGCCAAAUAUUUCACAGAGAUGCCGCCCCAAGUUUGACUUAAGAAAAAACGGAGUGCUUUAUGAAGGAACAGCGCCAAAGAAAGAGCAAGAGAGUAGCUUGUAUCAAACAUAACCGUUGUUGGAGUAUUUUGAAUAGUGACAAUUAAAAUGUCAAAGGUUUGCUCUUCUGUUCAUAGAAACAUUCUAGCCUCUUGGAUUUAAUUGCUGUAUAAUUGCUAUUUAUUUGUGAUAUUUUUAUUCCAAUCAUCAGAUCCUUAUAAUCCAAAGUUCAUUACAUUUAAUCAUUUGGAAUAUCCAUUUGGGAAUUAAGUAUUGAUACAGUUCUAUAAUGUGGAUGUCUUCAUCAGGACUUUUUUUUUUGUUUGAGCUGUCAUUCACAUUUCCUACUGUGCUUACUUGUUGUGAAUAAGCCAAAUCUUUCAAUGCCAUAUUGCUUCCUUACAGAAUUUAUGUAAUAAAUAUUGUCUCAUUUUGCAGGGAUAUAAAUUGCAUUGUUUAUUAUUGUAGUCUUACUGUAACCUUUUCUAGCCUUUUCUGGUUAUCACACAACAUUUUCAUUAUAAUACUUAUAUAAUCAAAAUAGGAUAAUAGGUGUAGUUUGUGGGUUUUAUUCUUUUGAACCUUCAAGCAUAUUCCUUCACUUAAAGGGAGGGGGGUUAUAGGCCUUAUAAUUGUGCCCAUCAUUGCAUCCAAAGUUUCGUAUAGGCUAAUAACACAGACAGUAUUUUCACAAAGAGCUGUGCAGUAUUUUAAAAACACAGUACAGUGUAAAACGAAUACAUUUACACAUGCAUAUAACUAGAAACUUUAAAAAAUAUUAAAAAUCUAUGUGACCAUUUAGACUGCACAUAAUUAAACAAACCACUUUGUAGUUUAUUGAUCGAAAUGACUAUAUAAGCAGAAACCCCAGGACGAAAAAAAACCACGGUCUUGGCUUGUUUGUCAGUAAACAAGGUUGUAACAGUUGUAACAGUAACUACAAUAAAUGUGUGGAAAACAAACAUUGUAAAGAAGAAAACAUGUAAUUGCCAAUAGACUAAAUAAACAUUCAAUGGUUA